AUGAUGAACAGAUUUGGUUUGGUCGUUCGCAAUGCUGCGAAGAAUGGAAUCAGAAUCAUAAGACCGGUUACAAAGUCAUCGCCUGAAAUUUAUCGUCCACUAUUUAGUCACCUGGUGCGUACUACGUACAAUACCAGAGGAUUCCAUGCGAGUGUGCGAAAGCUUGAUGAAGCAGAAGAUGCUGCUGCUAAAUUCAAAAAUUUAGGGUCCAUGAAAGUGGAUAAACCGAUGUUAAUGAUUGCGUUCACUUGUAAGAAAUGUAAUACUAGGUCAUCGCACACAAUGUCGAAACAAGCAUACACUAAGGGAACUGUGUUAAUAAAGUGUCCUGGCUGUGACAAUAGACAUCUUAUUGCAGACCAUUUGAAAAUCUUUAACGAUAAUCAUAUUACUAUCGAGGAUAUCAUGAAGGCAGAAGGUGAGUCUGUCUCAUUGACCACCGACGAUUUGGCAUUUGAAGAUAUUCCGGAUUCGUUGAAGAAUGUUAUUGGUCACUACGCAAAGGAUGCUCCAGAAGAAAUGAAGAAAAAACUGGACAACGAAAAAGUGCAUCAUUUGCCAAGUACUGAGAAAUGA